UUUUUCUUAUUCAUACAUUAGCAAAAUAAAAAUGGCUAAAUUGAACAAGACAGAAACUCCAGUAGAAAAUAAAUACUGGAGUUUAAUCACUUCAGAUCCGGAUGUAUUCAACGAUAUGAUCAAAGAAUACGGAGUAAAGAAUACCAAAGCCGAGGAGCUUUUUACUCUGGACUUUGAGCACUUGGAAGAAGAUGGACCUGUGCACGGUCUUAUUGUGAUCACAGAGUUCACUGAGGAGCCGUUGGAGGAGGGUUAUGAUGUUGUAGACCCUGACGAAGAAAACAUCAUCUUUACGUCUCAGGUUGUCACUAACGCUUGUGGAACCUUGGCAAUUGUUGGCGUAUUAUUAAAUGCUGAUAUUGAAGAGAAGGGACAAAUACUUCAUAGCUUUGAAGAAUUUACCAAUGGCUUCUCGCCUAUUAACCGCGGUCUUUGUUUGGGAGGUUCUGAUGAGAUCAGAAGGAUUCAUAACGCGUACGCACCUGCCCAUCAAAUUGCAGACAAUUUACUCUCUGCCAGUAACCAAGGUGUCUCAAGUGGAAAGGAGAACCAGGACGUGACUGAUGACUAUGAAAUUGUUUAUCACUAUGUCACUUACAUCUAUAAGAAUGGUUUCCUUUGGAAGAUGGAUGGUCUUGACAACAGACCAAAGAAGAUUUGUAAGUGUGAUAAGGGUGAUUGGCUUGAGAUGGCUCGACCUCAUGUCGAAAAGAGAAUGUUUGAUAGCUCCAAUGCUUCCAUCAUCGCCAUUAAGCAUGAUCCAUACCCAAAAUUAGUAGCGGAGAACGAAAUAUUGAAGUCGAAUAUUAAAAAGAUGGAUAAAGUUGUGAACAAUGCCACACCUGUGAAGAAGACGACGGUGAAGAAACAUAUUCAACAAUUCGAGAAGGAAGCCGAUGGAAGUGUUGAGAGCUACUCGACCUUAAAAACGAUUUGGUCCGAGCUUGAGCAUUUCACAGACGAUAUUACCGAAAAGGCGAUCCACGAACUUGACCGUAUCCGAGAACACCAGACACAACUGGAAAGUAGAGUGAAGUUUGACAAGGAAAGCCGAAAGGAAUCAUGUGAGAAUGUGUGCCGUCAAAAAUUCGAUUAUUUCCCUUUUCUCGAAGCGAUAGUUAAGAAAGCAUACAAGCGUAAUUUAAUUGAAGACGAUGAAAAGCCUAAAUCACACAAGAAACAAAAGACGGCAAAGAACACGACAAAAUCAAAAGCCAAAUAAUUCUCUGUUGCAUUCACAUCAAAAGCACCUCUUUCUGUCCAUACCUGUCUCAAAUUAAUUGUUCAUACCAACUGUAAAUACAUAAUAAAAUCAUUAGCUUAAGUCCAGUCCA